AUGGGUGGUCAUCUUGAUCCUAAGAGCGGAGUCUUUUUGGGCGACUGGGGUGAAUUCGGCUGCCCGACUCCCCAGCGCAUUGCUACCUACUCUCUGUCUUCCAACCGUCAGCGCCCUCUUGCUGGUGCUUUCCACGCUGCCAUCUUCAACACGUUCCGUAGAUUCAGAGGCCAGGUUCUCUACGUCGUUCCUCCUUUCGUGGUCGCCUACGCCGCCAUGAACUGGGCUAUUGAGAGAAACGAGUACCUUAACUCCAAGCCCGGCCGCCUGGCUGAGGGUGUUGAGGAAUAA